AUGUCCCUUACGUUCAAUAUUCCCACGGUGACUGAAGACGAUCUCAGGCAGUUUGGACUCGUGCAUUUCCCAUCGGCAUCUCUGCCGGAAUCAUUCUUCUACGAGCAAUGGAAUGAUGAAUACCGCUAUGAUGACGACGACGAUGGACUGGGCUAUUACGACGACGGCGUGAAACGCACACUCACAGAUGAACAAAUCGCCAUUUUCAGAAGCUCAGAAGUCAAGCAGAUCCUUGCCAAGAGGCAAAAGAACUACGAGCGGAACAAAAGGCGGAAUGCGAACCGUGUAGAGCAGAAACGCAAGGCGGCCGAAAUGCUCGUUGCUAAGCACAAGGAUGCGGCUUCGUCUCAUCAUGAUUCCAUUCCAAGUGCAGAGUCACGUGAGACGACGGAUCAGCUCGAUGCUGAGCAAGAAACAAGCCUUCAGACAGAGACGAGGACAGACAAUCAAUUGGAAAACAGUGAUGAAGAUAUCUCGGCCGGUGCGGCUGCAGUGACCCCGAUCUCGACGCCCUCCUCGUAUGGUCGCGAUGCCGAUGGUCAGCGAUCAACGAACAUCUUUCAGAAGACAGUCUCGAAAAGGCUGAAGCGCAAGCAGGCGAGGCAGCGGCACAAGCAUCGCAGGGAAGCUGAGACAGAGGAGAAGGCGCAGAGGGCGUUGGACAGGGCCGAACCAACACCACGUCGCAUCGCCCGUGAGCUUGACCAGACGACUGAGAGCAAGAUCGAGCUUGACUACUGA